AACUACGAGCGUCGAAUACAUCGCAUUUUCCGGUCAAAGUCGUGCAAGAGGUAAUGGUGAAGGUUGAGAUUCCUGUUACCGCCAGGCUACGAGAAGGUUGAAAGAUUAGCGUUGUUUGAGUAAUCAGUUUAAAUUUUAGCCGAAGAUCGAAAGUGAAAUCCCAGAAGGAAUUAUCGAUUGUGUUGCAAUUUUUGAGCCAAAAGAAUAGACUUACAAUGACUAAGGCAAAGUCGAUGACGCCGAAAAGUCAGGCCUCAACACCAAAGGAUGAUUUGAAAGGGGUGAAAAACACAUCUAUUGGUAAGAACAAGACGCCAAAAUUUAAGAAAACACCAACUGGCAAGGUCGCUUUGAUAAACGGCACAACCAAAGGCAAAGGCAAUCAAAACACAGAGAACAACACACCGAAAGGAAAGGUGAACACACCAUUAAACACCCCUAAGCCCAAAGGUAACAGUAAGCCUAAUACUCCGAAUAACGAUCAGGCUUCACCUGGGAAUAAGAAAAAAAUUCCUGUGGGAAAAUCGCCGGCUCGGAAAUUUCCUAGAUAUCAAUGGAAAAGUGUUGUGUAUGGCUCAGAUGAGGAGGAAGACUCUGAUACUUAUUAUGAGGAUAUCAACGAAGGUGUUGAAGUAAACGAGGAUGUUAGUGAUGAGGAGGCUGACAGUAACUCCGAGGGGGAUGAAGUAUCUAAUGAAGAUGUUGGCAUCAUCGAUAUAUUGGGCAACAGUCUAGCUGAAGAUUCGGAUGAUGAUGAUUCGGAUUUUGACGACAAUGGUGAUGAGGAAAAAGGGGAGGAGAAGGAGGACGAGGAGGAGGAGGAGGAGGAAGAGGAAGAAGAAGAAGAGGAGGAGGAGGUUGUCAACAAAGGAGUCAAACAGUUUAAGGGACUUAAGCCAAGCGUUGAGCAAAGCGACGAUGCGGAAGAGGAAGAAGAGGAAGACUCUAGUAGUGAAGGUGAUACAGAUGAUUCCGUCAGUGAUUCUGGACCUGGAUUGAAAGCCUUGUUGGGACAAAGCCUAGCUGAUGAUGAUGACGACGAAGAUUUCACUGAUAAUGACGAGGAGGAGGAUGACGACGAGGAUAUUAGCGAUGAAGAGGAGGAUGAAGAUCAUACUUCACCAAUCAAAAAACAGAAAGUAGUAGCUGAGGAGGACGAUGACGAGGAUGAAGAAGAGGACAGCGAUGAUGAUGAAGAAGAUGAGGAUAGCGAUGAUGCUGAAGACGACACGGAAACUUCUAAGCUUUCCAUGCUAGAAAAUGAUUCUGAAAAUGAUGAUGAGGAGGAAGAUGACGACGAUGAAGAUUUGGCAGAUGGUAAAUCUGCAGAUGACUCGGGUAAAGAACUCACGCCACAAGAAGUUGAUGCCAGAAAUAAACGGUCGAUAUACGUCGGAAACCUUCCCAAAGAUGUGGUAAAAGAACAGUUGAUAAAACUGUUCAAAAAGUUUGGAACUAUUGAGGUAAUCAGAAUAAGAGGAGGCAUUGGAAAGGAUAGUAAAACCUCAAAGAAGCUAUCUGUUAUUAAAAGAGACCAACUCCAUCCAGUUGUAUCCUCGUUGCAUGCAUACAUCAGAUACCAUGCUGAUGAUGCAGCAAAGAAAGCUCUUUCAAUGAAUGGACACAAGUUUAAUGAAUACUUCUUGAGGGUUGAUUUGGUUGGAGGCAACGGUCCUAAACCUGACCAAAAAAAGGCUGUCUUCCUGGGCAAUUUGCCUUUCAAAAUUGAUGACAACUCUAUUUGGUCCCACUUUGCGGAUUGUGGUAAAAUUGUAUCUGUACGAAUUGUCAGAGAUAAGAAAACCAAAAUAGGCAAGGGCUUUGGAUACAUCAAUUUCGAAAAUGCUGACUCAGUCGCCCUAGCACUCAAGCUUAAUGGCACUACUCUUGUCAAUCGAGUCAUUAGGGUGAAUGUAUGCACAGAUAAAUCUUCGUCUGACAAGAAACAGGGACCGUUAAGUCAGAAAAGGUCUCAUUCCAAACAGAAUCAAGGUAGUGCACCAAAAAGGCACAAAGGCAACUCUGACCCAAUUGCAGUAGCUACGCACAAUAGUCAGAAUGCUCAACAGAGGAAAGAGGCAAAACAGAAGCGUUCACAAGGUGAACAACAGAGGCAAAAAGGGAGUGAGCAGCCAGGCAGCAAAUCGGGUGGUGGUUUUCAAGGGCAGAAAGCUGAUAAGAAAAAAAAACAAAAAUUCAACAAGUUUGACAAAAAAAAAAAACAAAUAGCAGCUAAAUUCGCUGCUAAGCCGAAAUAAGUUUCCACCGAUUAGAUAUAGACAGGAAUUUCAUCAUUUUAAUUCAGUUUAUUUUUACUUUCACGCCUCCAUGUUACAAUAUAUAAGAAUUGCACACAUAAUGUAAUUAGCGUGUGCAUCAAUUUCGAAAACAUUGUUUACUCAGUGAUUACGGUGCAUCCUGUGUUAUUAAUGUCCUUGUGUAAUUUUGUAUGUGUGAGUGUGACACGUAAACUGUAUAUAUAAUGUGCUGACGAGAAAGUGUGCUUUCACAUUCUGUAACAACCAUUUUUUUAAUAACAAUAAUGUAACAUGCUCCUUGUA